AUGCCAGGACUUGAAAAUGUGAUUAAGUGUGAACUAUUUGAAGUGUAUCAGGCAUGGGAAAAGAAAGAGAGACCCAACCUAACAAAAGAGGAACACAAAGCAUUAAAAGAAUUAGCAGAAAAUCCAGACAUAGUUAUUAAAAAAGCAGAUAAAGAUGGUGCUUUGGUGGUCAUGAAAACUAACAAUUAUAUAGCUAUGGGUGAUAAGCAUCUUAUGGAUAAAGAAACAUAUAUUGAAUUGGAUAAUCCAGAGGAGGCUCUAGCAACGGUACAGAGGGAAAGUAAGUUGUUAGUUAAUCGUUUUUUUACUCUUGACAGGCCAGGUAAAGAAGGAAGGAAGAGAAGGAGUUUUUCGGCAGGACAGAGAGAUGCCCUCCUAGAGCAUAAACCCAGCAUUCCACACUGGUAUGUCCUCCCCAAAACUCAUAAGCCUUUGGACCAUGUUACAGGUGCAUGGCCAGGGCGCCCGGUGUUGAGUGGCUGCAGCUCCCCAACCAGACCUGUAGACCGCCUUCUAACCACUUAUUUGACCCCUCUCCUUGAUCUUUUACCAGAAAGACUGCAGGACACGACCUCCUUUCUACAGAAAAUGAGAGAUGCAAAAAGAUACCCAGGAGCCAUCUUAUUUUCAUUUGAUAUUGUCUCUCUUUACCCCUCUAUCCCACAGGAGGAAGCAGCUUAUGUGGUAGCAAAUUUCUAUGAGCAGAACUUCUCUUAUGUGGAGGAGAGACUUUUUUCAGAUUUCAACAUGGCAGCACCCCCACCAUACCUCAUAAAGGAAGGUAUUGACCACGUUCUGGGAGGCACCCUGCUGAGGUUCAACAACAGGUUCUUCAGACAAGGAAAGGGAACAGCCAUAGGAGCCUCAGUAUCGGUGGCGGUAGCUGAGAUUUUUGUGCAUGCCAGUAUUGAAUCGAAAAGAAAGAAAUUAAAUAAACAACCAGAGAUUUUUUACCGAUAUAUUGAUGACAUAUUUGGUAUUUUUCUAGGCACAGAAGAGGAACUCCAGGCUUACCAUGAAGGACUGAACAACAUUCAUCCGGACCUGCAGUUCACUCUGGAAUUCAGCCGAGAGAAACUACCUUUCUUGGACACCCUGGUGUAUCUUGAUGAAGAUGGAGGCCCACAAAACUACGGUUUUUUACAAGCCUUCUAA